CGCGACCGUAUUUCCUCACUCAGUUCGCUUUUGUGACAGUCACAGAUACACAAACGGAUACAAUAUGAGUACCUCAGAAGGUACAGUGGAGACUCGUCUGAAUAGGACCUGCGAGGGUUGUCGGAAGAGGAAGAUCAGGUGCAUCUCGGAUCUUUCAAACUCACAGCCUUUGUUGGAAAAAUGCAACCGCUGCAGAAAGCUGGACAUUGAAUGUGUCUUCAACGCUCCAGCCACAAGAAAAAGACGGAGACGCAAUGAAACAAGAAUCCACGAACUUGAACAGAAGCUCGAGGAAGUUCAGUGGGCGGUUGCUACAGGGCGCCAAAGAGACCUGUGCAUACCACCAACCUCAGAAGCUUCGAUAACGCCCGCGAGUACCCAAGACUCAUUUCCAUCAUUGGGGCGCAUCUCAACCACGUCUCCCAGCCAUUCUACAUCUUAUGAGACUACCAGCGAAUCGCCGGUCAAGGGAGACCCUGUAUCGCGAGGAAUUAUUGAAGAGUCGCUCGCCGAAGAAUUAUACACCAAGUUCUUUACUGACCUUUUACCGCAUUACCCUUUGAUUCAACCCGACGCUCCCCUCUCAUGGCGGGCUUUGCAGCAAGAUCGACCAGCACUCUUCCAGGCCAUGCUGGCAACGUCAUCGAGCAGCUUCAGGCCAGAUCUCUGGACACCACUCUUUCGAGAUGCGGAGCGAUAUGUCAUGGAGGAGGCCAUGAUUUACGGUCGGAAAUCCAUAGACCUCAUACAAGCUGCUCUGGUUCUUGUAACUUGGAGUCAUCCACCGGACAAGUUCCAGCAUUUGAACUUUGGCCAGUUUAUUAAUAUCGCAGCUACUAUGGUAAUUGACCUGCGAUCCUCAAAUGACGAGAGAUAUCAAAUUCCGUCUUCUAAUCCUGAAGUUUUACAUACGAAGGAAUACUUGGAAACUGUUAGGGCGUUCUCAGCUUGCUACUUUCUAUGCUCAGGUAUUGCCAUGUCAUUCCGUCGGCCGAGCACGCUAUACUAUGGCCCCUGGGUGCAAGAGUGUAUAAAUAUCUUAGAUUCUCCAGCUAGCACACAUCUUGGUGAUCGGCGUUUGGCAGCAUGGAUCAGACUCCAACGGCUUGCAGAGGAGUCUCUUGCCAUAGCCAGAGUCGGGUCAGAUGAGAACUCGUCAAGAUUUAAUCAUUCGGACCCGCGUACCCGUUUUAUUCUGCAAGGCUGUCUCGAACGAGUCAAGGAUUGGCGGCAGAAUCUGCCAGAAGAAGUUAUGACCCUAACUCUCGAGAUACACUACCAUGUCAUCCUCCUUAACCUCUAUGAGCCAGGUCUUUAUGAUAAUCACGAGUUUCGAGAUUUUCGCCCUCCUUAUGCUAUUCAUACUUUCCUGUCGACGAACACAUUCGCUCCGGAUUUGCCACAGUAUGUUGAUGCGCGCAUAGAAUGCCUGAAUGUUGCUCGUAACCUGAUUCAGUUGUUCCUUCAAUUCUCCCCCAAAAUCCUACAGCAAGUGCCCGUAAUCGUCUUUACCAGGAUGAUGUAUGCUGUUGUUAUGAUCAUUAAACUCGAGGUUUUUAAUAGACCGACCACCGAUGGAGCAAAUAUGUCAGAAGCUAAACAGAUUUCUGCUCUGGAUUUAAUGCGCCUUGUCCUCGAAAAGCUCAAAUUAUCAUCGGACGAAGGACGCUUUUUUAUCCCAACAACUUUCCAUGCCGUGUUGAAGAGAUUGCACAGCCGAUGUGUCGAGAGUUAUUGGCGUCUGGCCAUGGGCCAGAACGAGAUGAACGAGAUCAUCAAACCUCUCAUGAACCUUCAAGUUCAAGACUCGAGCAAGGAGAAAGAGGAAACACCUUCAGAAGUGCACGGGGAGCGUCCAAUUGCCCAGCAACAGGUCUUUGGACUUGAGUGUCUGUCUCAGCAGACGGAAGAUGGUGUUUUUCUAGACACAUCCAUAUCGCUAGAUAAUUGUUUUCCAAGUGCUGCAGCCAAUUCUGGUGUAGACGUGUUUUGGACCAAUUUAUUUAGCAAAGGAUUUCUGCCAACAGGUACAGAACAGGAGUUUGAGUUUGACAUGAGAAUCAUGGAUACUUAGUAGACGCACUGUUAUUUUGGGCAUCGUUGCGAAGUAUAUAAAAGACCUUCUCUGUAGAGGAUGGCGGUACGGCUGUGUCUUAGAUGUCA